AUGGAAUCUUUCAAGCAAGCAGAAAGCCGAUCUAAGAGAAACAAGAAACUAGAAUUCAAUAGCAGUCGUGUCUCUCCUGUUCCAAAUGGAAGCUCCCAAUGGGGAGCGCUUAAUAUCUCAAAAUCUUUCAAUCCAAUGUUUGGGUCAUCCAAGAGGUUUUUCUCGGCUUAUGUUCCUGGGUCAAGAAUUGUUUCUCGAGCAACAUCGCCAAUAUCAAGACGGCCCAGCCCACCUCGUUCAACAACUCCAACGCCAACACUGGGAGGACUUACCUCCCCAAAGAUUGUUGUGGAUGAUGCAAAAAGGACCAAUGAUAGCCUUAGCCAAGAGGUUAUUAAAUUAAGAGAUCAGGUGGAGAAUCUUAUUCGCAAAGCGCAGCUUCAAGAAGUUGAGCUGGAAAGGACAACUAAACAGCUGAAGGAGGCAAUAGCAAUUGCAGGGGAAGAGACUGCAAAAUGCAAAGCAGCAAAGGAAGUUAUCAAGUCUCUGACUGCCCAAUUAAAGGAUAUGGCUGAGAGGCUUCCCGUGGGAGCAGUACGGAGCAUCAAGUUACCUACCUUCACUUCUUUUGGUUCCAGUCCUGCUUCCAAUGAUAUACCUAAUGUUUCACUUGACCGGCUGACUGUUCAAACAACAUUUCCAGAACCGGAGUCCAAUGGAUCAAACAAUCAGUUGCUUUCUAAUGGGUCUGGCACUGCCAGUACUCGCAGUUCAGGUCAUACCAAACAGGGACAUUUGGAAGCAGCAACACGAAAUGGGAAUAGGACGAAAGAAGGUGAAUCACUUAAUGAUAAUGAAUGGGUGGAGCAAGAUGAACCUGGUGUAUAUAUAACACUUACCUCCCUCCCUGGUGGCUUCAAGGAUCUAAAUCGGAAGCGUUUUAGUGAGAAACAAGUGGAGCAGUGGUGGGCAGAGAACAGGCCUAGAGUAUGCGAACGAUACAAUGUACGAAUGAUUGACAAGUCAAGUGUAGGCAUCGGGAGCGAGGACUUGGCUCAUUAA